AUGCGCCUCCGCGCGCUGCUCGCCACGGUCAUCUUCCGCGCCUGCACCGCCGCCAACAGCACCUGGACCACGAGCGGCGUCGUCGAGGCCGGCCACGGCGUCGGCUGGUGCCUGCAGCCCAGCGACGCCGGCGCGAGCGACUGGCGCGCGCGCGUCGUCGUGCGGCGCGUCGCGACGAACUCGAGCGGCCCGCGGUACCGGCUCUACUCCGCGCGGGACCACGUCUACGUGCUCGCCUUCGCGCUCGACGCGUCGCGGGACCUCGCGGUGGACGGCGCGGGCCGGCCGCUCGUCGCGAGCCGCCGCAAGCUCCGCCUCGACGACUUCGACGACGGCGCGCUCGUGCUCGACGCCGGCGGCCUCGGCGCCGGCGCCGCGCUGCACGUCUACGUCGCGUCGAACCGGCUCGAGGGCUCCUCGGCCUACGAGGUCGCCGUCGAGAGCGACGCCGCGCUCGAACGCGCGGCGGACCCCGUCGGCGGCCGCCGCGGCGCGGCCGCGCCGGCGAGGCAGCGCGGCGCGAGCCGCGUCCUCAGCCUCGACGGCGGCGGCGCGCGGGGCGUCGUGCCGCUCGCCGUGCUCGCGGACGUCGAGCGCGAGACGCGCGCGCGCGUCCGCGACAAAUUCGACGUCUUCGCGGGCACGUCGACGGGCGCGAUCGUCGCCGCGGGCCUCGCCCUCGCGGAGCUCCCCGUCGCCGUCGUCCAGCGGCUCUACGACGACCUCGUGCGCCUCAUCUUCGGGUCCAAGGGCCUGAGCCCGAAGUUUCGGGCGGGCCGGCUCCAGGCGAUCCUCGAGGCGGUCUUCGGCGCCGACUCGACGCUCCGCGGCGACGGGGGCCGGCGCCUCGUCGUCGUCGCGACGGACGCGUCGACGGCGCGGCUGCGGCCCUUCCUGUUUCGCUCCUUCCCGCCGCCGGAGGCCGACGACGACGACUACCUCGUCGACGCUAGGUCGCACCACUGCCGCGUCGUCGACGCGCUGAUGGCGUCGACGGCCGCGCCGCCCUUCUUCCCCGUGCGCCGCUUCGACGUCGACGGGUCGCCGCGGCGCCUGCUGGACGGCGCGCUCGUGGCCAACAACCCGACGCACUUCGCUUUGGCCGAGGCGUCGGCGCUGCGGCGCGGCGACGCGAGGACCGGCGCGCCGGAGCAGACUUUGGACCUCGUCGUGUCCCUGGGCACGGGCGCGGCGCCGGCCAAGGCGCGGAGCUCCGCCGCCGACGCCCGGUCCUUCCUCGGCGCCAUCCCCCGGAGCGUGUCCGCGGCGCGCGACUUCGUCGAGGGUCUGGCGAAUCUGCUGACGGACACGGACACGACGCACGACCUCGUGAAGCGCACGCUGCGGGAGACGUGGCGCGGCGACGAGCUCCACGAGCGCUACCACCGCCUCGACGCCGUCAUCGACGCGCGGCACCUCCGGCUCGACGAGGGCGACGUCGACGUGCUCCGCGACCUCCGCGCGAUGGCGCUCGACUUCCUCAAGCGCGACAAGCACGUCGAGUGGAAGGCGCUGCUCCGCGCGUUGAAGCAGGGGCCGGGCAAGAAGAAAGCGCCCCACGUCUACUCCGUCGUCGACCUCGACGUCGUCGCCGCGCCGCCCGCGGCCUCCGCGCUCCGGCCCCUGCGGAAGACGUGCGCGCGCGUCACGGGGCUCCACGGCUUCUUCUCGCGGAAGCACGCGCGCUAA